GCUCGGGCCUCCCCCUGCGGGACUGGGGCUGGCGCGCCCCAGACUCUGGCCGCGGUGUCUUCAUGAUGACAGCAGCCCCCUGUCGGGAACAGCACGCACCCGAGUAUGAAACGCUUUCACGUCAGAACUAAGAAGUACUCAGAAGCCAAGUCAUGGAUCCACCUGCACGUAAAGAAAAGUCCAAAGUUAAAGAACCUGUCAGCAGAGUUGAGAAGGCCAAGCAGAAAUCAGCCCAGCAGGAGCUGAAGCAAAGACAGAGAGCAGAGAUUUAUGCCCUUAACAGAGUCAUGACUGAACUGGAGCAGCAGCAGUUUGAUGAGUUCUGUAAACAGAUGCAGCCUCCUGGAGAGUGAGCCACCCGUGUUCAAACCAGAUGGGACCCCUGAGGCUUUGUCUGUGAGCUCAGUACCAGUUUUAAGCUGAGGUGGCCCAUGUGGAGCCUGACAGAACUAGACAAGAAGGCAUUUGUGUUAUUCCUAAAAGUGGAUAAAUCUGAACUUCCUAUAUGUAAGUUCUGCUUCACUGGUUCCUCCAAUUUGAAUUGGCCCAAUGCUUGCUGAAGAAACUUGUUUUAUUCUCCUAAGAUAAUACUCUUAUUUUUUAAACCUUUUUCUAUUGUUUGAGAAAAAUCAGUGUUUCUUGUGAAACUGUAACUCUCCAAAAAUACUAAUAAAAUGUGCAUUUGCUCAUACUUUA